AUGUCACACCCCGUAUUCUCUGCCGCUCCCUUCUCCAUUCCUUCUCUCCCUGUCCGUCCUUCCUCACCUCCCCGCCCUGCCUUUCCCUCCUCUGCCUCCUGUCCCGCCCCAUCCCCCCGCCAUUCCCCCUUUCCCCCUUCCCCUUCCUCCAAACCCCCAUCCCUGCCCCGCCCUUUCCCUCCCUCCAGCCCCCGUUCCCGCCCCUCUUCCCCUUCCCUCCCCCGUCCCUCUUCCCCCUCCUUUCCCCACCCCCCGCUCUCCCCCUCUCCCUCCCCCCGCCCCUCCAACCUUCGCACUCUAUCUCGCCGGCGCCCCCCUUCCCCCCCAAUGCCCUCCCCCUCUUCGCGCCCCCGCGCCCUCCGCCCCCUCACAGUGGUAGCAGCUGCCUCGGAAGGCACCUCCUACUCCCCCCGCGCCUUCCCCAUCCUCUCCCCCUCCGCCUCCCCUCGCACCCGCUCCGCCUUCUCCCCGUCCUCCUCCCCUCCGUGCUCUCCCUCACUCUCCUCCGCUCCUCCUCCCUCCCAGACCUUCUCACUCCCAUCCUUUCUCUCGGACCGCUACCUACCCUCCUCCUCCUCCACCUCCUCCUCCUCACCCAUUGUCACAGGCACACCUGCUGCUGCUGCCUCCUCUGCAGCGGAUUCCGACCACCCUUUCCCCACCCAGCCACCUUUUCUUGUGCUGGACUUUCCACCGUCUUUAAACCCUGCAAGUGAUUCUGAAAAAGUACCAGGAGAGGAAAGAGGUGGAAGCAAGGGAGAGGAAAGAGGUGGAAGCAAGGGAGAGGGAGCCCUGCCUGCUGCUGCUGCUGCUGCUGCUGCUGCUGCUGCUGCUGCUGCUGAUGGCACAGUGGCAGGGGCAGGGGCAGCAGUGGUGUGUACAGCAGACACAGGAGAAGGCGGUGACAGAGGGGGAGAUGAAGCACUGCCUACUGCCUCUCUUGCACCCCCUGCAUCUGCUGUCCCUGCUGCCCCUGCUGUUGCGGUUGCCGGCACAGCGGCAGUGGGAGCAGCAGCAGCGGUUUUUGCUGCUGCAGUGGCUGGUGCGGGCGGCAGCUCGCCUGAAGUGGAGGGUAGGAGGGAGGAAUCAGACGGUAGGGAGGCAGUGGAGGGAAGGGAGGAGAAGAGUGGGACAGACCAGUCCGACAGGGCAGAGGGGCGAGUGAAUGGAAGUGAGAGGAGUGGGGAGGGCGAUGAGAAGGGGAGCAGUAUGCCUGCCAUGGUGGCGGUACCAGAUGGUGCCACCACGGGAACAGCAGCGACGGUGACACCACUUGCGACCUCCUUGGAGGCUCCUUCUCUGUUGGUGGAACCGGGCGUGUUAGCACCUGCCUCAGCAACAUUGCCCAGGCCAAUGGUUGCCACUGCAGCUGGUGAUGGCAGCGGCAUGGGGAUGGGCAGUGGCAUUGAGGAGGCUGAGCUUACUUUCAGCACCACCAUCGCCCAUGCUAGCAGUGGCAGCAGCAGCAGUGCAAGUGAGGGUGCAAGUGUUGCAAGCAGCAUGACACCAGCGGUCUCUGCUGAAUCUGCUCCCCACAUGCCUCUCUUCCGCCCCAAGGCCCCUCCUCCCCUCCCGCUCUCUCCUCGGCCCCUGUCUCCCCUGCGUUCCAAGCAGUACCUUGCGCUCUUCUCCUCCCCUCCAAUGUCCCCGGAUCUAAAAAAGCAGCAGCAGCAACAGGCAGCAGCAAGGAGGGUGGACUCUCCCCCUCUCUCCCCGCAGCAAAUGUCUGCUCUCUCGCCGUCACCUCCCCGUUCCCCCCAGCAACCCCCUGGCGUGCCUCGCUCCAUCUCCCCCCACCGCCACCGCUUUGCGCUCUCUGCCUCCUCUGCUCUUGCUGCCUCCGCUGCUGCUGCCACCGCUGCUGCUGCUGUCCCUGCUGCUGCCACCGCUGCAUCUGCCAUUGGUACCACUACUUCUGCUUCAGAUGGGGAGAAUAUGUCAGGUACGGGACCGGCGAGAGCAUCGGCAGCUGGGUGUGACGUGGCAGGUCUUGCGGACGUGGCAGAUGAUGCUCACGUGGAAUUUUCCUCUGAUGCCGCCAGCAGCGCAGGUACCCCUGCAGUGGCUGGAUUGGGCCUGCGGACAGUGUGCUCCGGUGAAGUGGAAGAGGAGAAAGAGAGGGAGGAGGGAGAGGAGGGAGAGGAAGGAGGGGAGGGAGAGGAGGUAGAGGAGGUCGAGGAGGGGGGAGAGGGAGUGGAGGAAGAGGAGGAUGAAUGGAAGGAGGGCAACAGAGGGGAGCAAGGGCAGGAGCAGAAAGGCUCUACAGCCUUUGUGGCGGCCCCUAUCCCUGUCCACACUAGCCCUGAUGACCUCUCCACUCGUGCCACGUCCCCCGCUCCUGCUGCUGCAGCAGCAGCGGCGGGUGGGGUGCGGGAUGGGCGAGUGAAGGGUCUGGCGUCCAUGUUUGAAGCCAAGUGUGAGUGCCGCUGGGCCAACUUGCACCUUGCUAUUGCCUUGGCAGCCAAGCAUCAGAAGCAGGCAGCGCCGCUGCCCCUCGCCACCACCACCACCACCACGCCUGCCCCUACUGCACCUUCCCACACCACCUCCCACACGCCUUCACCGCUCACAGCCUCCCCAACGGCUACCACCCCAACGGCUACCACCCCAACGGCUACCACCCCAACAGCUACCUCCCCCACAGAGCCUCCCCCCACAGAGCCUCCCCCCACAGAGCCUCCCCCCACAGGGCCUCCCCCCACAGGGCCUCCCCCCACAGGGCCUCCCCCCACACUGCCUCCCCCCACAGAGCCUCCCCCCACAGAACCUGCCCCCACAGAGCCUCCCCCCACAGAGCCUCCCCCCACAGAGCCUCCCCCCACAGAGCCUCCCCCCACAGAGCCUCCCCCCACAGAGCCUCCCCCCACAGAGCCUCCCCACACGGCGCCCCCGUUGGCAGCAGGCCCUCAGAAGCAGCAGCAGUGGGGGUGGUCGUCCCUUCUCGCCAUGGCCUGGCGCCCCUCCUGGCGCUCUGCUCAACCCCCCGCUCCUGCCUCCGAACCUCCCACCUCCGAACCUUCCGCCUCCGAAGCUCCCACCUCCGAACCUCCCACCUCCAAACCUCCCACCUCCGAAGCUCCUGCCUCCGAAGCUCCCACCUCCGAAGCUCCCACCUUUGAAGCUCCCACCUCCGAAGCUCCCGCCUUCAAAGAACCUGCUUUCGAAUCUCUCAUAUCCGAACCUCCUGCCUCCGAACCUCCCUCUUCCGAGGCUUCCACCUCUGAAGCCCCCCCCUCCGAAACUCCCGCUCCCGAAGCACCCGGCUCCCAGGCUGACGUUGCUGGCAGUUGGAGGUGGGCAGGAGAGGAGGCGAGGGAAGCGGGGCAGGAGGAGGAAGGCGGAGCGAGGCAGGGAAGGCGUGACGAAGAGGAUGUUUCAACGACUGAGGCAGCUGUAUUGCUGUUGCAGGAAGAUCUGGGGAAAGCGCUGGAGGCUUCAAGGGCUGUGCUUAGUGGGAGUGAUGAGGAGAGAGAGGGGAGGAGUGAAGGGGAGCGGAGGGGAGGAGGAGAGGAAGUGGGGGUGAUGGUGCAAGGGGAAGGAGGGAGAGAUGGGGAGGAGGGGAGUGCAGAGGUGGAGGGGGUGGCUGUGGCAGCGAGCUCUAGUGACAAGGAAGCUGACGUGAAGGGUGAUGUGGAAGCUGACGUGGAGGGUGAUGUGGAAGCUGACGUGGAGGGUGAUGUGGAAGCUGACGUGGAGGGUGAUGUGGAAGCUGACGUGGAGGGUGAUGAGGAUGGUGUAGUGGAAAUUGAUCCGGAAGAUGACAUGAAACUUGAUUUGGGAGGAGAGGAGCUGGACGUGGGUCAGCUGCAGCGGGAUAUCGAGGCAGUUCUUAAGGAGGCUUUUAAAUUGAAAGGGAAGGGGUUGGAUGGGGUGUGGCGUGUGACUGUGGUGCGAGAUGGCAGUAAGGAGGGGAGCAUGGUGGAGGUGGAUGCUGGGGAGGUGGGUGUGGGGGAGGUGGGUGUGGGGGAGGUGGAUUUGGGGGCGGACGCUGAUGAUGAGGGGGAGGAUGAUUCAGAGGAGGAGGAAGAGGACGAUGAUAGCUAUGCUGGGGAAGAGGAUGAGGACGAGGAGGAAGAGGAAACGGAUGAAGAGGAAGAGGAGGAGAGCGAGGAGGAGAGUGGGGAGGAGGAGAGGUGUGUGGGGGAUAAGGCGAGGUCAUCAGAAGCAGCUACAGUGCAGGCAGGAUCAGGGCCUGCCAUACCCGUCUUGGCUGCUCGUGCUGCAGAUGUAGCAGUGGCGGCGAGAGAGGGGGGGGAGACGGAGAGCAGUGGGAGCGAGGAAUUCGCGGAUGCACGGGGUGCAUCAGGGGAUUCAGGGGGGUCAGAGGGUCGUGGAGAUCUAGGAAAGGGAGAGAAGGAGGAUGAGAGCGAGGGGGAGGAGGCAAGGGGGCAGCAGCAGCACCUCCCCAGCCUGCACAGCCAACCGCCCUCCUUGCCUCCUCAGACAUCCUCCCUCGCUGCUGUUGCUGCCACCACUCCUGCUGCUGCUGCCCCCAGUGCCAGCGACAGUUGUGCGCCUGUCACCUCCUCCCCACCUGUUGCUGCCUCCGCCUCAUUCCCUGCACUUUCCUACCCUCCUGAGCCCCCCCUGCCGCUUACUCACGAUACUCUCCCGCAUGCCUCCUCCAACUCACCACCCCUAUCAACCGCAUCACCACCACCUGCAGCAGCAGCCGUAGCAGGAACCGCAGCAGCAGCCGCAGCAGCGGUGGUAGCAGCAGCGGCAGCAAGGGUGGCAGCAUGCAGUCAAUUUGAGGAGGGCUCUGCCAACACAGGCGAUGCUGACAGCACUGGGAGCGCUGGGAGCGGUGAAGGCGUGCGGGCGACUGGCGGUGGUGAGAGCAGAGUGGGUGUUGACGGGCCUGGUGGCGCCAUUGAAGGCGCCACGGAUGAGCAACGCACCGAGGAGGAUAGAGUCUGUGUUGACGGCAUGGGCGGCAGUGACAGAAUGGCUGGCAUGGCUGGCAUGGGUGGCAUGGGUGGCAUGGGGGGCAUGGGUGGCAUGGACAGCACGGGCGGCAUAGUGAACAUUGAGGAUGUGGUGGACGACGGUGCCUCUGACAGCUCCUCUGCAUACCUCUAUCACGACGCCCACAUGGAUCGCUUCAGCUCCGCCUCCUCCCUGCGCUCCGCUUCCUUCCGAAGCACCACCUCUUUUCGCAGCACUGCCUCUGCUUUCGAUGACGCUGCCUCCUCCUUUGAUGACACAGCCAGCACCAUUGCCGGCUACCAAACCCCGCCCACCUUUCCGCCCUCCCCCGCCUACUCCUUUUCCUCCGCCCCCUCCCCCUCCCGCCUCUCCCUCACCUCCCGCUCCUUCCCGUCCCCGUUCCCCCUGACCCUCUCCACGCCGCACCUCUCUCCCCCCGAGUCCCCUGCCUCUGCAGCCUCGGAAGCACUCUACUCUGCUCGGGAAUACUUCACCCUGCGCGCCCAGUCCCCGUCUGCUACCUCUCUGCGCUCUGACCAGCGCUUCUUCAGCAGCCCGGGCGGCACUGACGGCUUUCACACGCCUCUUCAUACCAUGCAGUCGCCGUCUCCCCGUGCCGGCCUGUACCUGCCCUCUCCCCGUGGCACUUUGCGCUCUCCUUCCCCCCGUGCUAGCCUGCGCUCACCCUCUCCCCGUGCUGACCUGCGUGCAACAGCACAUCGAAGCGGCUUCCACACUCUCACUCCCCGCUCCGCUCUCCGCUCCCUCUCCCUGCAGCCCGCUCGGCCUUCAUUCGCCGCUGCCAGUGCUGCUGGCGCACGCAGCCUGGCAGACAGUGGAGGAGAGACAGGAGGUGGAAUAGGAAGAGAAGAAGCAGAGGGCAGGGAUACCAGCAGGGAUAUUGGCCGGAAUGUUGGCAGGGAUGGGCAGCAGCAGCAGGACUUGGGCCAGCAGCUAGGGGGAGGGAGGAUGGCGGCAGAGGAGGUGGAGGUGGAGGAGAGCGAGGAUAAGUUUGUGGUGGCUGAGCGGCCUGCUGCUGGUUACUCGCAGCCCGUGCAGCAGGAGCAGCGACAGGCGGAGGGGGGGAGGGAAGAGGAAGAGACAGAAGAGGAGGAGCAGAAAGAAAGCAUACCGCAGGAGAGGAUUAUUCCAGCAGCAGUUCCAGCCGUGGUCGCUGCUGUUGUUCCCAUCCUGAACCCUGACGCCCCAUCCUGUGACCCCACAGCAUCUGAACCCUCUCCCUGCAACCUCUCUGCUGCUGAUGCUGCUGCUCCUGACUCGGCUGCUUCUGGAGAAGACGCCAAGUGGAAGCUGCCUGGAAGGAGCCUGUUUGGUCUCUUUGCACGAGGCGCCGGUGGGAGUGCCAGCAGACGCACUGGGGGGACAGAAGAUGUGGCGGAGGAAGGAGUGGAAGGUGUGGGGGAGAGGGAGACGGGCAGCGGUGAUCCGAGAGGGGUGGAGCGCAAGGAUGAGCUUGAGAGCGCUCGGGUUGGGGUGAGGGAGGAUGACGUGGUCGCAGGGGAUACGUUGGGCGGAGUGGAUGGUGGGAUGGCGUUGGGGAGAGCAGAGGGGGAGGAGCAGAAUGAGGAUGAGCCUCGGGAGGAGGAGGAGGUGAAGGGAAACAGCGAUGAGAGGAGACCAGAAGAGGAGCUGCAGAUGGGAGAGGGGCAGGGGGAGGCAGAGGAGGAACGGGUGGAGGUGGUGGAAGGGUCAGAGAGUGCAGCUGGAGGGGUCAUGCUCAAGGGGAGUGGCAGUGCUCCCUCUGUGUCUGCUGCAAUGGCUGCUGGUGCUGCAGCGGCGGCUGCUGCUGCUGCUACUGCUGUUGCUGCUGCCACUCUUCCCAAUCAUCCCCCUGCUCCGCUCUCCCCACCUCCUUUAGCCUCAUUCGAUGCCCCUGUGCCUGCUUCUUUCUCCCGCUCCUCUAACACCUCCCGCCCUCCCCUCUCCUCCUCUCGCCCUCCUGCAAUCCUCCCCACCUCUGCCGCUGCUGCUGGGACCGCUCGGGCUCGGCUGCGGCCUGCUGUGUCCAUCGGCAGUGCUGCUGCCCCAGCUGCUGGGGAAGCUUCUCAGCUCGCCUCAGCGACCCGUGAAGGCCCGAGGACAGGUGCAGUGGGCGCAGCAGGAAAGAGUUCUGCUGCUGGCAGAAGUGGCGGUUUGGAUGGGUUGAGAGGUGCAGAGGAGUCGGUUCCUGGUAUGGAAAGGAUUGGGGAUUGGGAAGAGGGUGGCGAGCAAGAGGAGGGGGAGGUGUUGCAGGGGCUGCGGGUGCAGAACCGGCAGGGCGAGUGGCAAGAGAGUGAGGACUUCAGGCCGCAGUGCUUGCAGCAGCCACAGUGCAUGCCCUCCCUGCACCUGCCCCAUGAGGGAAGGAGCACGGCGGGAGGUGCUGACGCAGGGGGGAAGCGAAAGCACGGUGGCAGACGGGAGCACGAGACCAGGCGGACUGAUGAGGAUGAUGAUGACUCGGAACCGGAGGAGCAGGUGCUGAAGCACCGUGGGGCUGCCUCCUUUGCCUGCUGCUUCCGCCCAGCCGUCAGAGACUGA